AUGACGAAUCUUGAAACUCAUUUCAUGAAAUAUUUCCCAGAAGAAAUGAAAGAGUACUAUUGGAUUAAAGACCCGUUCACUGAAAAGCCUAUAUCAAAUUUCACAACUACAGAAGAGGAACAAUUAAUCGACAUUUCAUCCGAUUCAUCACUACGAAUGCAAUUUUCUUCAUAUUCUUUUUUAGGAUUUUGGAACAGUAUUAAAGACGAAUAUCCUGCAGUUAGCAACAAAGCUUUACGCAUAUUAAUACCAUUUGCUACUUCAUAUUUAUUUGAAGCAGGAUUUUUAGCUGUAGCCGUAUUAAAAUCAAAAUAUCGGUCCAAACUCAAUGUGGAAAAAGAAAUGCGUGUUGCAGUAACUACAUUAAUUCCUAAUUUUAAAAAAUUAAUAAACGAAAAACAAGCACAUUGUUCGCAUUAA